AUGUCAGCCAUGAAAACAGGAGUUCAAAGAAAUGAGAACCUGAUACUGCGGAGGGUGAAGACUGAGCUCCCUGAGGUGGAAACUAUUGGGACAGAGAUCACCAACAUUAUGGUGUCUCCAGAGGAAGAGAGAGCAUAUGAUGAACUGCUAUCGAUACUUUCUGGUCCUCCUAAAGUACCUAAUACAAGUGGGCUUGCAGCAGAAUUGCUUGAGGCUUAUGCAUUGUCGAUUCCUACGUUGAAGAAUGCACUGAUAUCCUUCCUAACCACAGCAAAGCCAGAGGAUGAUCCAGCCCUUAUGAUCACUCAAGUUAACAGAGCAUUGACAUCUCUUUAUUCCCUCAAUGCUGAUUGUGGUUCAUUCUAUAACAAAGUGAGAUCUUACAUUGAUCAUUUAGCAAGGGUUGUUUCUAAUAUUGAGGCAAAUCUGGAGAAGGCUAGAGAGUGUCUUACUCCUCUUGAAGCAAAGUCUGAAGUGACCAAAGCCUUGCUUAACAAGCUUGAAGCAGAGCCAAAUCAGCAAUUGGUUGUAUUCUCCGCCGGCGAGACGCUGCUAGAGCUUAUGUGGAAGAGACUAGAGCUAUCCUGUCCUCUUCUUGAUUCUCCCACUGAUUUGAUUAUAGGGAUAAUACGGUAG